AUGUAUCAACGCACUGUCGGUAUCGCUGCCACCGGCUUUGCGCUCGGUCGCGUCGAACGGACACCACCCCAAGAGCCGGCAAAUACACAAAGCGCUCCGUUACUAGAUUCCGAUACAGUCCCCUCAUUCGAUGCAGGACUCUCGAGGACAUUUGCGACAACGGAAACACAAUCUCCCGUUAACCCUAGCUUUCCAGAAACUCGAGAGAAUGCUGCUUCCCGCAAAGACCAAGUCGAAGGCGAAAAUAUACCCAGGAAGACAUCAUUUGCAGGUAUAAGACUACGUCGGCGUGGUCAGACCUUGACCAUCCCACCGAUACAAACAAAAGAAAAUCUGCCGAGUCCGUCGCAUGUCCGACGACCGUCCUCUUCCUGGCUUCGGCGACUGUCGUUCCAACCUGAUAAGCGGUUCUCACUCCAGAGUCCGGACACCCCAUCGUUUCCGGAACCAGCCAGUCCAGCUUUCCCACGUCCGUCCAGUCAACGCAGGGUACCCAAUAAACUUGUCAAACGACCAAAAUCCCAGCAUUCCAAUGCGAGCCCUUUCUUCGCACACACCAUCUCUUCACCAACAUCUAGCGCUCUACGCAGACCUGUAACAAGUUACCAGCGAUCUGAGACCUUCAGUCACAAGGCAACCCAUAGCUUGAGUUUCGAACCCAGUUUGGCGCUAGGUCCUCUUGCAGAGCCUCCUUGCCACAAUGCUACAUCGGAAAACGACCCCUGGCAACCGUACUUGGUACCGAAACCUGACACAUCGUCCGAGCGACUGGAUCGUAGGUUUUCAACAUCAACAAAGCCUCCAGAGACAGCAGUGCGACGAAUCCUUCCACAAUCUGAUGCUGCUCCGGCCCUUAUCCUAGCAACAUCGAUCAUAAAAAAGGAUGGUGCGGUGAAAGCUGUACCGGAAGGGCCUGCAACUCAACCUGUUGAGUUUCGCAAUCCGUUCGAACAAGCGCCAUUUGAUCUAAAGACACACCUAGCUGAAACAAAUGCUUGUCAAUCGCCCUCUGAGGAGGUGCGUCCAAAGUCACCUGGAGAAUCUGCAGGGCCAUUAGAUAUCAGGGUGUUACGCAAUGGCUCAUUUACGGGCCCGAAAAGAAGGGCAGCAUCGACCCCUUUACCUGAACAAUCAAAUGUGGAAGGAGCUAUCUGGGUCUCACCACGGGCACCCGAAAGGCGUAACAUUACCGACCCAAAUGUCUUCAGGCGACCGUCAACCAAUCCCGCAAACGGUGGGCUUUCAUCUUUGUACACGUCAGGGAUUAUGGGGCCGCAGUCGCGGAUUCUCUCGUCGUACCGCAAAGAAUACCGGGAUAUCGGACAGAGCGCCUCGGCAGACGGGUCAGCCCUAUCUUCACUGUACAGUUCGAUUCGUCCACGCUCUAAGCGCCAUUCUAUCGCUGCUUCAGACCCAGCAUCAACCGUCAUAGGUUCCGAUGAUACUCGGGUCUUCACUUCUGGUGAGGAAGACGAAACUGACUUUAUGAGCGAUACUGCUUUCGACUCAAUACGUACUCAUUUUACCACCGACAGUUUUUGUUUCCAAUCACCUCGAAUCGAGACCAUCUUUGACAGAAAAAUUCCUCCUGGGAACACGAUUGAUCCAUCCGCUGGUUCGAACGAUAUGAGUCCAUCUAGCGUUCUCCUCUCUGCACCAAUAAAGUCACUUAGUUCUGAAGAGGAAAGAAGAACAAUUGUGACCUCCUUCACGCCGGCAACACAGAUCAUCAAGAAUGCUCAUGAAGCAGAUAGCGAAGUGUCCUUCCCAUCUGAUUUGAGCGACGAUGAUGACUCAAAAAGUAUGGUCGCCUCGUUACCCGGAGAUAAAACCAUCCGCCCUGUUAGGCCUCACGUUGGCGCUCUAUCCUUGGUUACCUCCGGCGGCCAAUAUCAGCGAGACAUUCAUGGGUCAGGCGGAGUGACCGGAGAAUCCCAUGAAACAUUGCCCAAGAUGAACAUAUUCGACUGGUCCGAACAUCCAAGGCCUGAUCGUGAGGGGUCCGGACCUGACGGUCGCCCGCGCACCGUUCACGGAAAGCAUGGCCCAGGCAUGCGUGGCAGUCGAGCAACCGGACGGAAACCGCCCAGUACCCUUCAUUACCGUAGCCAAAGUGUUCCUGUUGCAAGGGAGCCCGCUAUGCCAAACGAGUCAAGGCAAUCUUCCGGAAAAUUUGGGACCUGGGGCUUGGGUAGUAAAGGUGUCAGUGAAGACUGGGACAGUGACUUCGAGUUCGAAGACAAGGACAAGGACGAGAAUGCGAUGAGUGAGAACAUCAACCCAAACAAGAAUGUUAGUCGUCGGAGCGUGAUAGUACCUCAAGCGAUCAUGGAACGUCAAGCCAGUCUCCACGGCCAAUAUGGUCAGGUUCAAGAGCUAACUCUGUUGGUGGAAGAAUUGAAACGCUUGAGGCAUCAAGCCAGCUUUCUGGACAUUGUUCGGGGUCCGUCAAAUGAACUUUGGAAAGAAGCUGAAGGGAUCGUUGAUCUAGCAACCCUCGACGAUGACGACCACAAUGAAUCCCCUCCCAGGUCGCCAUCAUCACUAACUUUCAGCUUUGAUGAGUCUGAAGGCGAAUCCUCCCAGAUAAAUGACCCUUGGAAACGCGUUAGUGGAGAUUCAUGGAGGGCCUCGCUUUCAGAAAACUCUAGCCUCCGUCCGACAACGUCUCCGGGACCGGAGCAGACAGUAUUCUCCACAAAAGCAAACUCCGUGCUUGAUCUGAUCUAUCAGCAACGCCUUACCCAGAAUCCCACAAGUAUCGACACCCACCUCCCAAGGUCAAAGAAACUUCCAUUCGAUACGCAGUCUCUCCGUGACCUUGUUGUCCGAGCCGGCGUGGUAACCCGAGCGUUGAAGGAAGUGGUUCGAAAGGCAGAAGGAGUUGCAAACGGUUCAGAAGAAAACACGCACCCAUCACAUCCACCAUUCAGUCGCAUUUUCGAAACUCCUUCGCAUGAUGAUAUCUCGAACUUUGAGACCUCCUGCAUUAGCUGA